GCUAAAAAAUUAGGAGACAGGAGAACAAUGGCACAACUAUGGGGCACUCCUGAUCUUGUCGUGGACCGAUAUUUCGCAAAGUCCUACUCAAUAGAUAUCAAGGAUGUACCUGGUCAGGAUCAAUGCAUACUACAGCACUCCAAUAAAGUAUGCGUGGUGUGCAUUGCUCCGUCUCACGCACUGCUCACAUCCAAGCCGGUCAGCGUUGACUUUCAAGUGAACGAAAAGACAGACCGUUCGGCAAGCAAAGUGCGCGGCAAGAGAAAGCGUGGUGGGCAAUGGCUGACAGCCUAUUCACCAUUGUGUAAAGUGCAAUGUGAAGAUGGAAAGGAAUACAUUAUUUACAGUUGCAUUCGUGGUGAUCUUCUGGAGGUCAACGAGACGCUGGUUGAGAAUCCCAGCCUGCUGUCUUCAUGGCCGCAGAGCAAUGGCUACAUUGCUGUCAUACUGCCCAAACAUCACGAGCGCCAGAACGUCAUGGGCAAGCUACUCUCAGCGGAGCAGUACGAAGAGGCCAUGGAGAAGAGAAAGUUGAUGCCGGAGGACGGCAGCUCGCCGACGGGUCAAGCACCGUCGCCAUCUUCCAUGGUACCCAUGGCAACGGGCACCGAAGCGCAAGGGUCUGGAAUGAGCAGUGAUGCUGCGACUGCACCAUCAAUGGACACAACACCAACGCAGGACACAACACCGACGCAGGACGUGCCAUCUACGGCACCAGCGAGCACCGCUGGUGAGUAGCAUGCGGUAUUGCAACACGCAACUGCUCUACCUCUCAACCGAAUACGUUUCAAUGUUUUAAAUUUGAAGAUGGUGGAGAGGGCGUGGUCCGCGUGAUCUCACACCGUGUGCCGAGCCCAGUGAUGGCGAAACGAGAACAGGGCUGGUCGUGACAUGAGCACACCGCCGACAGAUCCUGACCCCUGACCGAGCGGCACUUGACAGCCAGUGAACAGCACCAUGUUUUGCUGCUAGAGCUAACAGCGUAACAUUGGUCGCAGUACGUGUGACGCUUUUGCCGCGCCUGUUUGUGCGUGCCACGCUCCCAUUGGCAGCCGUUUGCGAAACUUGUCUAGCGAACGAGUUGCAGUAAUAAUGAGACCUUGCGUGUCUCUCUUCUUCUGUUAUUCCGCUGCUCUGCAAGCAGCUUCUUUGGGAUAGUCCACCCUCUGAGUUGAAACGGUGCCGAAAGCACACCGAACAAUUUUUGACUUUCUGAUCAUCUGGGCUUUCAGUCCCAGUCAUUCAUACCGAUAGUGUAUGGAGAUGCAGCGUAUUCUGUAUUGCGAUGCAGCUCAGAACAACUACCCGGCACAUAAUGCAUACCAUGCUAUCAUCUAUACCUCUUGUCGCCGUGUGACUUUGCAGCAUUUUUCAUAAUACACUUGCUGUGUACGUGUCUGCACACCAAUGAUGGUUAGAAGUCACUUUCUCUCUGGCAAGCUUGUCGCAGUGAACCACUUUAUUUUUUAUCAUGAAAUUUUCUAAUCUAAUCAGUCCCAGCUGUUUCAUCCUGACUAGUAAGACUCAUUCAGCAGUGCGA